AUGAUGUUUCUACGAAAUCAGAGCACUUCACUUACCAUCCAUAUUGUUUUCUGCAGGACUCAGAAUCACCUACAGGAGGACAGAUUAUCAACCUCUAUAAAACCCUGGAACAUGUCCUAUUUGAACCCCAGAAUUGUAAACUUGAUUGGCAUUCCUGGACUAGAACACAUUCAGUUUUGGAUUGGGUUCCCUUUAAUUGGGAUGUGUCUAGUGGCACUUCUUGGAAACAUCAUUUUAUUGAUCAUCAUCCCUGUAGAACACAGCUUGCACCAGCCUAUGUACAUCUUCCUGGCUGUGUUAGCAGCCACUGACAUAGGACUCUGUGCAGCCAUUGCUCCCAAGAUGUUUGCCAUCUUCUGGUUUCAAUCUUGUUCCAUGGUGUUUGAUGCUUGCCUCGUCCAGCUGUUCUUUAUCCAUGCCUUGCAAGGAAUGGAGUCUGGCAUUCUGUUGGCUAUGGCCUUUGACCGCUACAUUGCCAUCUGUGACCCUCUGAGACACACGUCCAUCCUCACACCUUCCAUCCUGGGGCGUAUGAUGGGAGUAGUGGUGAUCAGAACUGUCCUACUGGUUGGACUACUUCCCAUUCUCAUCAAAAGGCUGCAUGUGUUCCACUCUGUGCGCAUCGCCCACUGCUACUGUGAGCACAUGGCUGUGGUCAAGCUGGCUGCAGAAGACGUCAGAGUCAACAAGAUAUGCGGUCUUUUUGUGGGAUUCAGCAUUCUGGGAUUUGACAUGAUUUUUAUCCUCAUAUCUUAUGCCCUGAUUCUUCAGGCUGUUUUUCGUCUCCACCAGAAGGAAGCAAGGCUCAAAGCAUUUAACACGUGCACAGCUCAUAUUUUUGUUUUUCUUGAAUUUUACAUUCUUGCUUUCUUUUCCUUCUUUAGCCACCGUUUUGGAAAUGUUGGUCCCUCAACGCACAUUCUUCUGUCUACCAUCUACCUCCUGCUGCCACCUGCUCUCAACCCUAUUGUGUAUGGGGUAAAAAAUAUGGUAAUUCCAUGUGGCCCAGAUUUUUCUUCUGAAUCAUGGAUCCCAGCAGUGAUCUGUCAAAUAUUCAUGCUCAUCGAGAGGAUUAUAUUAUUUUUUUGA